UUUAAAUUUUUCUUAAAAAAAUUUUUUUUUAAAAAAACAGGGAAAUAUGUCUUCACUCGUUGAAUUUGUUAGAGUUGAUACGUGUGAUAAUCCAACAGAUCACGAAGACAAAUUAAAAGUUUGUAAUCAUUUUUCUAUUGGAUUAUACAAAAAGAGGGAAGAUAAAAUAAUUGUUUUGGGUUGUUUGGCUCUUUUAUUUGUUGUUGCUAGCUGUUUGGCUGUUUGUGGAUAUUCUGGUUAUAAUAAGCCGAUAAUUUAUGGUGAUUUUGAAGCGCAGAGGCAUUGGAUGGAAGUAACAGUUAAUUUGCCAAUUUCUAAAUGGUAUUUUUACGAUUUGGACUAUUGGGGGUUAGAUUAUCCUGUUUUGACUGCUUACCAUUCUUGGAUUUUGGGAAAAAUUUCCCAAAAAUUCAAUUCAAGUUGGGUAGAAUUAGACAAAUCUAGAGGAAUCGAACAAAUUGAACUCAAAUUAUUUAUGAGAUUUAGUGUUAUUAUUACUUUAAUGUUAAUUUAUGCGCCUGCUAUAAUUUUUUUGGUUAUUCAAAAUGAGGGGAAGCAAAAUAAAAUUUCAUUCCUUCAUUUAGCCCAAGUUUUACUUUUUCCUGGACUUUUAUUUGUUGAUUGUGCCCAUUUUCAAUACAACCAUUUAUCUCUCGGAUUAUUUUUGUGGGCAAUUCUUGCUUUUGAUAAGGGGAGAUUAUUUUUGGGUUCUAUACUUUUUGUUUUGGCAUUAAAUCAUAAACAAAUGGAGCUUUACCAUGCUUUGCCUGUUGCCGUCUUUUUGUUUUCCAGAAGCUUUAAAAGGGGCCAAAGUAUUUUUUCAGCAAUUGUGGAAAGUAUUUCAAAUCUGUCAAAACUGGCUUUUGUUGUUUUUGAUACUUUUUUCAUUUUGUGGGUUCCCUUUUUGCUGCCACAUCCUUCUGUGGCUUUACAAGUAUUGAAAAGAUUAUUUCCCUUUUAUAGAGGACUUUUUGAGGAUAAAGUUGCUAAUUUUUGGUGUUGUGCUUCUAUUUUUAUUAAAUUUAAACAAAUUUAUUCGGUCGAAAAAUUAAUUAAAAUUAGUUCAUUAUUAGUAUUAUCAACAUGUUUACCUUCAUUAUAUUGUCUUUUAUCAAAACCUAAUGGACGCAAUUUCCGGCUUUCUUUAAUUAUUUGUUCUCUCAGUUUUUAUUUAUUUUCAUUUCAAGUACAUGAAAAGUCAAUUUUGUUGGUUGGAAUUCCAGCUCUUUUACUUUUGGAUGACAAAACUUUAGGUAAUUCUAUGGGAAUUUUGCUUUCAACUUGUUGUUUUAGUUUAUAUCAUUUGUGUAUCAAGGAUGGAGUGCCAGAAAUGUUGCCCUUUUUUAUUUUUUAUCAUUUAUUUAAUGUUUGGAUGGAAAAGGAAAGGGCAAAAAAAUUAAAUUUGGUUAAAGAAGAGAAUAAAAUGAAAAUAAUGGAAAAUUUAAUUAAUUGGGCAUCUUUUCUUCUCCUUAUAUCAAUUAAUUUGGCAAAUUUAUUUAUUUCACCGCCAAAAUUAUAUCCAGAUUUAUUUUCUUUGUUAAAUGCUUUGUGCUGUUUUUUGAAUUUUAUUUAUUUUUAUAUUUAUUUAAAUAUUGAAAUAAUUAAUAAUUCAAUUAGAGGGGGAAAAAGAAGUGGAGGAGCAGGAAAGAAGGAAGAAUAA